CCAGGAAGUUUGAAAGAUUCACGCACCGAGUGGCCAUCCCAUCCCCGCAUCGCUGUAGCGCACAGGUGCGGGGCAGUCAUCUACAGCGAGCGCCGCUCCGCCAAUUACAAGCAGCGAGCGCGGCCACGUGAACAAAUCCCCUCGUCUAAAUUGAGCGGAGAGCAGCAGCUCGGAGUGAGCGGCAUCCCUGGAAGCAACACAGAGUGGGAAGUGCUAUCAGCAGGCUGAUCGGGAGCAGCAGUGCGCAGGAUCACAGGAGGUAACCCUGCCCGUUUUCACAUAGUGACUUCACUCUGACUGACGGGCUGAUAGACGCAACAAGUGACCCGAUUAAAAAGUCAUAGGAAGAAACCAUCGUUCUAGAGUGGCCAGAGUGAGAGACGAGCACAUGAGGAGCAGAAACGUCUCGCCAUCAACAUCCUGACGAGUAACCUUGCUUCUGCACCCCACCACACGCCCGCCAACUCCAGCAGUGGGCGUCAGCAGGAAGGAAACAAGUGACCACUCCUCCUGCAGGCAUGAGGUCCUUCCGUUCCUUCAGCAACGAUGACCGCCAUGUCAUGGCGAAGCACUCCACCAUCUACCCCUCCUCGCAGGAGCUGGUAGCCGUUCAGACGCUGGUGUCCACCGUCGAGUGUGCGCUCAAACAGGUCGCCGAUUGGAUGGAUCAGAGCAGCGGCGACGCCCCUAACAACAACCUCGACAGCCAACCAGCAGACAGCACAGAGGAGGACGAUCCUGGUGAGGAGCCCAGAGAAGAAGCCGAGGAAUCCAAUGAGGGAUACAGCAGAGAGUCUGGCGGUGGUGGCAUGCUCUGUGGAGUGAUGAGGGUUGGUCUGGUGGCCAAAGGACUCCUGAUCAAAGGCGACAUGGACCUGGAACUGGUGCUGAUGUGCAGAGACAAACCCACACAGACACUGCUGGACACUGUCUGUCACAAUUUACCCACACAGAUUCAGAAGCUAACGGAGGAGAAGUACGAGGUUUCAAGCUCUUUGCCUGAGGCAGCCAUCCUGGUACAAACUACAACAGAUCCAAAGCUUAAGCUGAAGAUCACCCUCACCUCACCUGCCAUGAGGGAAGAUGAAGAUCUUGAAGAGGAGGAGGAGGAGGAGGAGCAGGAGGAGGAAGGGCAAGGAGAGGAAGAGGAGCUGGAGAAUGAGGAGGAUGGUGAAGAGGUGGCGGAGCUGGCUGAAGCGGAGGCAGAGAUUGUAGAGGAGGAGCAGGAACAGGAAAAUGGUGAAGUGUUGGGUGCUGCUGCGCACACAGUGGAGGCUGAGGAGGAGGGGGAGGUGCUGGAUAGACACAGAUGUCUGUUGGCCCUGGCAGCGCUGCGACACGCCAAAUGGUUUCAGGCUCGAGUGAACGGACUCAAGUCCUGUGUUAUCGUUCUCAGGAUACUAAGAGACAUGUGCAAUAGACACCCCAUUUGGGAACCUCUCAAAGGAUGGCCAUUAGAGCUCAUAUGCGAGAAGGCCAUCGCCACUUGCAACAGACCUCUUGGAGCAGGAGAAGCGCUCCGUCGAGUCAUGGAGUGUCUGGCGUCUGGCAUACUGCUCCCAGGUGGUCCAGGUUUACAUGACCCAUGUGAGAAAGAGCCUACAGACACUCUUGCUGACAUGACAGACCAGGAGGCUGAGGCCAUCACCUACGGCGCGCAGCAUGCUCUCAGACUCAUGGCAUUUGGACAGAUCUACAAGGUGUUAGAGAUGGAGCCUCUUCCCUCAAAUAAACCAUCACAGAAAUACCCUUGGUCUGAUAAAGAAGGUUUAGGGCUAAAGAGGCCAUAUGAAGAUGGAACGAUGGAUGACAAGGACCUUAUUAAGAAGAUGAAGAGGAACCUUAGAAAAGUCCUCGACAGUAAAGCCAUAGACUCCAACCAGCCAAUGAACGCCCUGAUGCGCUUGAACCAGAUCCGACCCGGGCUGCAGUACCGCCUGCUGUCCCAGUCGGGGCCAGUCCACGCCCCGGUCUUCACCAUGUCUGUGGAUGUGGACGGAACCGUCUAUGAGGCGUCCGGCUCCUCCAAGAAGACAGCCAAGCUCCAUGUUGCUGUCAAGGUUCUCCAGGCGAUGGGCUACCCGACAGGUUUCGACUCAGAUCUGGACCCCAUGAGCUCAGAUGAGAAGUCUGACAGCGAGGGGAAGAGUGAGACAUCCUCACACUCUAGCAAUAACCCAACACACUCCUCAGAUGGUUCCAACACGCUGGAGGUGCGAACUCAGGGUCCCAUCCUGACGGCAAGUGGGAAGAAUCCUGUAAUGGAGCUGAACGAGAAGCGACGAGGCCUCAAAUACGAGCUGAUCUCUGAGAGUGGCGGCAGCCACGACAAACGCUUUGUCAUGGAGGUGGAGGUCGAUGGGCAGAAGUUUCGUGGGGCUGGACCCAACAAAAAAGUAGCAAAGGCCAGCGCCGCUUUGGCAGCCCUGGAAAAACUCUUCUCUGGUCCCAACGCAGCUGCAAACAAGAAGAAAAAGAUCUUGCCUCCGACUAAAGGAGCGCUGGCGGCGGCAGCGGCAGCCUCGGCAGUAGCAGCACAGGUAGCAAGAGGAAGAGGAAGAGCGGCGCUGGCAAGAGGAGCCUUCGUCAGUGCUGCUGCACCUGGAUACGUCACACCGGGCUUCGGCACACCGUACGGCUACAGCCCGGCUGCAGCAGCUGCUCCUGCAUACGGUGGUCUGUUCAUUGACAAUCCUUUCUACCAGCCGCGUACCAUCGCUCCUUUUAUCAUUCACCUCGGUCCGCAGGAUCUCUUCUCUGACUUCUAAAGGCAGCAAGCUGUUGGGCGCCACUCAUCACACUUUUUUUUCUGUCUCUGCCCACUGGACACCUGGAUGCACACUCGUCCACCUGUUUGUUUGUCUGUCGGUCUGAACGAGGUCACCUUUUACUCCGUCCAGGCUGAUGGAGAGAUUGGCUCACAGACUUGGAGCAGUUUUCGGUUCGGUCAGAGAAACGGUCCUAUCUGCUGACAAGAGAGCCGCUGCUUUUCUUUUCUCUCUCCGCCCAGAUUAUCCUCCUCAGAGGAGAGCAAAAUUUACGCAAAGCAAUACUCGGAUUUUACGAGAAACGUGCAAGAGUAGGCUGAACUUUGGUCUUUUCGUAUAGCAAUACACCUGAACUCGUCUCUAAGCUACUUGAGAAGAUGUGAAUGUCCCACGGAGGUUUUACUCAACACAGCAUUGCAAUAGCUGAUUCUGAUUGUAUAUUCGGUGUACGUGUGUGUGUGUAUGUGUGACUAUAACAUGACUAUAUACACAUAUACCUAUGGUGUAUUUCUAUAACGAUGUGUUGAUGAAAAUAUCAUUAAUAUAUAAUGAUGUACUUAUGUAAAUACUCUAUAAAGUCUAAUAAUUGUUAUAAAAUAUUUUAGAAUUAUAAAGUGAAAUGUAACUGUAAUAUCACAGCAUAGCUUUUCUUCCAGUUUUAUAUACACUGAGCAAUUGAAGCUAGUUCUAGAAAAUGCAUUAUCUUUGGUAUUCCUAUUAACCCGUGCUAGUAGAAUAUUAAUGCUUCCUACUUUCCUUACUCCUUUUCUCUGUCUUUGAUGUCUAUCUGAGCCUUUCUGAGCACGCUCUCUGCCGCCUGCGGUGUGUUUAGACGGCCCCCGGACAAGAGGCGUGCCCUGCUGUACACACAACUAAAAGCAAAACUAAAAAAAAAAACACACACACACACUUUUUGCCUGUCAGAAAGCACAUUUUAUAGUCUCACUGCUGGCAGGGAACACCGUUGUUAUGAGCACUCUUUGUAUGUGCAUUUAAUGUAUGUGUUUGCUCUAAUGUCCGCUCUCCUCCCCCUCUGCCAUUCAUGGACACACAACCAUCAACCAACAGAACAAUCGUGAGCUCCGUCUCAUUCGCCUUAUAGGGUCCAAAAGCACAGCUGGCUUCUCACACACUCUUAUGUUAUCAUCUUUGCAGCUCUUCCCUGUUGGCUGGCGGUGAUGCAGAAAAAGCUUAGCUGCACAAGCUACUGGCAGACCUAAUUACAGAUAUAGAAAAGAGGAACUAUUCAGUGAGAACCGCAGGCAGCAUUUGGCCAUUUUUGUGGGCCGCAACGUUUUGCUGAAGCUUUGAUUAAAGAUUCAAGUCCAAUUCAAUCUGUUCUAAACUUGUGUAGCCUUACAUUUACAUGUGGGCAUUGAAAUAGUGUUUGGUUUUUACUAUCAAAAAGAAAAAUCAGUGAGGAAACUGUUCAAACUUUUUGUGAAUUUGGGCUAACUUGCAGAUUUUUCUGAGGUGGGGUUCUGUGGAGUUAUCAGUAGUCAGUAUGUAUCUAGGCAGCAGAAACAGGGAGCGGGUUUUUAUUAAGACCAACUUUAGGAUGUUUCAUCUGCAUUACUUUGGCAUGAUUUAAACAGGUAGGAUAUGCUCUACAUGUUUUUCAGCAUAGGUUACAUGCAUGUGUCACAAUGGGUAGGCCAUUUGACUUUAGUUGAAUCUUGGUCAGGAUGUCACUUUGAGAAGUUUGCAUGUUUUUCCAGCCUCCACUGAUAGUCCAAAACUGAAUGUUUGGUUCAUUGGCAACUCUAACUUAGGUGCAUGUGUGCAUGUUUGAAUGACCUGUUGCUCUCUGUUCUAGCUUUUUCACAAACUGUUGACUUAUGUAUGGGAUAUUUUGCCUCUUACCUGCUGAAUGUAAAAGGCAAGUGGUGGGAAAGGUUUGAGUUGUUUAUGAUUGGCAAAACUAAUCAUAAACAAUAUUCCUUAAAUCUGUUGUUAACUUGACUUUCCAGUGAGAAUUUUCCAUAUCCAGCAAUUUUUCGUCUGCUUUCCUCAAGAAGUGUAUUGACUACUAAUAAUUAUUUCACAGAACCCUAAUUUGACACCAAAGUUUUCGUUUUCAGAUCCUUGUUUUAUUUUAUUUUUGUUUAUUUAUUUAAGUAAAGGUUGCAGUACAGUCCCUGCAUGUUCAGUUGCAUUUUGUCAAUAAAAUAGUGUCUGAGGGGAUUUGAAUGAACAUACAUUUGUAGAUCCUGCAGAACACAAAGGUCAAUAAAAAAAACAACAUUAUUUUGGUUGUUAUUUUAUGCUAAACUAGAAUCAGCAAGAGUCUGUGAUUAGCUCCUCUUGGGAAGUUAGUGGCGUUUACAUCUUUCACAGAGCUCUUCACCAGCAUUGUUUCUUCUUUCCAUCCUUUAAAAGAAACCAGGUGUCAGUCAGCAAGGGGAAAAAUCGAAGGGAAUGUGCUUCAGAUGGCUUUGAUUCUCCUGUUACUCACUCUGAACUGGGCACCGCUUUGAUUUGUGGAGCUUAAAUUAAUCAGGAAUGACAUCUGAGAAAAAGUCGAUAAGCUUUGAAAGUUAAUUUUUCAAAACAACAAGUCAAGUCCUUAUUGUUAAAGAUGGAUUUUUGUAAAGUGCAUAAUCACGCAGAUGCCGACUCCUGAAGAGACAGCAUGAUCCGCCGACUAAUGAUGUUGAUUAAUUAUAUAGAUAAUAUUCAAGAUAAUCGUAUCCAAAGGUCUGAUUUAGACUGUAGUUCUGCUUUGCUCCUGUGGCGACUUUACAUGCAUGCUGUAACACUUGGUUGUGUUAAAACAGACCUUCCCUGUCAGCUGAGCUUUUCUGCCUCCUCUCUCUGCCCCUGCGCUGUCCCCCCAGAUGGCCCUCAUUAAUAAGGCAGACAGUCAUACCUCAGUGAGCAACCUUUUCAUUUCCCCUCAGACCAAACAGACGCGUAGGAGGAGUCACCCUGACUGCUGACCCCGUCCUCUCGCUGCGCCCGGCUGUACGGCCGCGCGCAGAGGACAGGUAGCGGAGUGAGAGCUCAGACAAACAUGGCCGACCUGAAAGUGGCACAGGUGGUCCAGAGGGGGAAGGUCCAGAACAAGGCGCAUCCACAGUCAAAGAGGCGUUAAUAUGCUGCAGCAGGCAGAGGUCCCGAUGUGUGUCGCUUGUUAGGAGCGGAGUAAUGGUGAAAUAUGUGGAACAGUAAAAGUGGGUUACAGUCUGCAGGACUUUGCAAAAGUCUUGAGUCAUUCAUCAUUCAUUUCAUUUAGCCUCCAUGGAGUAAGACUUCUCUUAAGCAUUGUUUUGUCUUGAAGCAAUGUCACAUCAAACAUGAUGAAGUUCUUUAUUUGGACUUUGGCUGCUUUGUGCACAACAAAGACAAAAUUGAUCAUGCAAUAAAUAGAUCCUAAACUUAAAUAAUAUUGUGUUCUGUCAACACAUAGUUUAGCCAAUACCCAACUUUAAAUGUGAUCUCUUCACAGAAGUUCUCAAAUCGUUCAUAGGUUUUUCAAUUAUAAUCAUUUUCCUAACCAUUUUAAAUGAGAUACAGGAAGACUUGGAGUAAUUUGAUGUGGUGUCAAUUUGCAAAAAGACAAAAUAAAUCAUUUUUCUUUUAGCAUUGCAUUACUUGAAGGUGGCAGUCUCAUUCUUAUCAGGAAUUUCAUAUAUCAAAGUUUUGAGUUGAUAAGGGUAACAGCAAGGUCCCUACAACUCAGAAUGUAGAUUUCCUAUCAAUCCCAACUUCUGAGAAAGUACAAAAUGUCAUUAGUUUGUUUUGGUAACAGCUUGCUUAAUGAUUUUCUGACUUGGAACGAUAACAUGGUUGAGUUUGAUUUGUUAUUUCCAGAUGGAGGUUCUAGCUAUAGAUGCCAGUAGAACACGUCAGUCACCACUAACACUUCAUCCUUUUCUUUUGAAAAACGGUCUACUGAUGCUUUUGCGACUCAUAAUUAAUGAAUCUCAUUUGCUGUUGGUGCUUAUUGGCUUCAAGUCACAGUUAAUUUGUUUGUAUUUAUCUUCCUAAUAGGUAGCACAAACAGGAGUACAACUAAAGGUUGCAAAGUGAGCUACUGUGGAUAGAAAAUGAGUGAAAUAGCAGCUAAAUUCCAAAGAGAAAAUUUAAAAGAUCUUUGAAAUAUGUUGAGCAAGGUCACUUUGAAAUGCUACAGGAUCGUUUCAAACUUGAGGCAAAAGAAAAAGCAGUUUUUCAAAGUCUUGAGCCCUGUUUUGCAUGAUCCAUAUCAAUUUAAUAAUGAAUUAGGCUGUUUUUCAGGUUGACUGAACGUUAUGAUACUUUAUAUUGUGAUGUGUUAGUGGUCUCCCAAACUAUAUAUAUAUAUA